AUGGCGUUUGGGCGUUACCUCAGUGUGACCUUGCUCCUGUCUGUGUGGACAACUGCCAAAUGUGAUCAUAUUCCCAAUGGAGUUCAUAUGGAGUGUCGUGAUCGUUACUUCAUGGUAGCUGUUGAUCUCUCCUACUCUGGGAAUGAACCUCUCUUUGAGGCAAUUGAUGAGACUGGUGUGUACCCCAUCAAUAAGGAGUAUGGAGCAAAGUGUGGCUACAGUGUCAGUGUUGUCCCUGCUUCGGAACAUCUGGAGCUCAGAGCCUCUUACUUCAGCUGUCACACUGACAACAAGGAGGAUGAAGUAUUCACAUUCAACUUCAACCUGAUUGUGACACCCAAGGGAAAGGAUGUCACCUAUGCUUUGAACAAAACCUGUUCUCCCCCUCUUCCCUGGUCUCCCAGAGAGGUCACCUGUGAGGUCAACUACAUGGAAGUGUCUGUGAGGAGUGAUGUGGCAUGUCCAACAGGGACAAAGGAUGACUGGGAUGCUAGUUUCAAAAGGGCUUAUUCCUCAGCCACUUCAGAAUGGCAGGUGAUGUUUCAGCGGGCGCAGCCGGGGGUGUUGCCCAUUAGCCUUAACACGGCUAAGACUCGUGGAUAUACAUUUGACUUGACAGAUGGAAGGCUUGUAUUUCGUACUCCGUAUGGACAACCUGAAUCAUACAGCACUGAGGUGAAUGGUGUUCCAGUAGAGGUGGUCCAUGCAACACUAUUGUCCCGACUAAGCUGGGUUUCAGUCAUGGUUGACCUGGUGGCUGCUUGCUCAAUGCAUAAAGGAUCAUAUGACAACAGUAGCUACAUUAUGUGGGAGACUUCUGAGGUGCGACAUCCAUGGGUGUCGGAUCUAAACCAGAUGCAGGUCAACAUUGGAUUCAAUGGUGAACUUGUGGCACAGCCAGUUGCAGAGAAGAGAGGCUACAUUGUAAAGCAGCACAACUCCACAGUCAAGAUCAGCAUACCCUAUAAGGCUGAAGGAGUAUACAGGAAGAGCAUCGUGUCUGGGAACCUCUACAAGUUCUCCAUCUUUCAUCUCUACUUGGAGCAAAUCUCCGUGGAUGAGGAUCAGGGUGACACCAGACUUCGCAUUCACAGGAUGUUGGCCACUCCCCUGCUGCCAUGCCCAAUUUUCACUGAAAACAGAACAGUUUCUGAGGAGCGCGUAUUCACUGUCUACCUCGGGGACAUCCCGAAAGACGUUGAGUUGGUUGCAGUUAAUUUGAAUGGACAGGAUUUUACAGUUCCCUUUACAAAUACAAGCAGCCACAACAUUGAAAAAGUUGUUGUUCCCAACCACACUCAUGGCUAUAUUCUGAAAGUGCCUUUUGAAGACCCUGUUAUGCAGCAGAUAAUCAAAGAUGCAACAAUUCAGCACAGGCUGGACAUCAACUACACCCUGACUGUUCUGCCUGAAAAUAAGCCUUUUUACCAACUAGCAUCAGUGAUGGCGGUAACCAAUGCCUCUCUUCCAGCCUUUGACGCUGUCUGUUCAGAGUCUGGCAUCAGCUUUAAACUGGACCACCAGCCUAUUGACCCCCUGUGGGAGAUCCGUAUAGGCUCAGAGCUGCUGACGACAGAGCUGGCAGAUAAGUACGGCUACAUCAUUAGCAACAAUAGCCAAAGACUGCUGCUCGAGGUGCCGCUCUUCACUCAUGGCUACAAGUAUAAGAACAUUACUUUAAAGGACUUCGUUGGCACAUUUGAGCUCUUCAUGCGGAACUGUGAAACCGAAGGCCAAAUUUCAACUAUCAAGACUUGUCAGUUUUAUGCUACUGAACUCAUUGUGUGUUCGGCUGAUGGCAGGAUAACUGUGGUGGCUGACUUGUCUCUGACCAUCACAAGUGAAGGAGUUCCUUCUAGAAUCAACCUGGUAGAUAGAAACUGUAGACCCAAAGAGAUGGACGGCAGCAGGGCUCUCUUCUCUUUUCCAAUCAACAGCUGUGGAUCCACAGUCGAGCUUGGCAAGGAGUCUGUGACUUACAAAAACGAGAUUUUCUUCAGCAAGGAGUUGAAUGCACCAACUGUCUCCAGAAAUGAUUUUGACAGGGUGACAAUCCAGUGUACAUAUGCUCUGGCUGGACUACUGUCAGUAUACAGGUUUCAGUCUGACACAGCUGGGGUUGGCCAUAUUGUGCAUUCUGCACACUCCACUAAAGGUCUACUGGGUCCCACCAUCAAGCCCACUACAGCGCUUCAAACACCAGUGUCAUCUUCCAGAUGCACCCGACGAUGUUUUUCAGUGAGACCUGCUUUCCAGCCUUCUGAGGCCAAAGCAUCCAGCUAUCCAAACGAUGUCUCAAAGGAUGAGCCAGAAGGUGAUCAACGCUAA